CAACACAAUAACAAGGGUGAGGAGGCAACAUUAUUACCAUUGCUUCCAAUGGACGCCUUCUCCUCCUCCUUUGUCUCCAGCACCACUGCAUUUUCCAACCAAAACUACAUUCCUAGUAAUCUAAGUACCCUCAGCUACUCCACUAAGCCCAAUCAUGUCAUCACCUCCGUUAGAAUCGAAGACAAGCCUCCUUCUUCUUCCACCACCACCAUUAACAAGCCUACUACUUCACCACAACCACCACCAACAAGGCCUAGUUCUUCUUCUUCCUCGGUAGCAGUACGACCGCCGAAGCAGCAGCAGCAGCCUCGCUCACCCCCCACGCUCCCCGGUGCAAUCUUCAAUGCUUUUGACGACAUCAUCAACACCUUCGUAGACCCGCCGCUGCGCCCUUCCGUCGACCCCAAACUAGUCCUCUCCACCAACUUUGCUCCCGUCCUCGACGAGCUUCCUCCCACCAAGUGCCACAUCGAAUACGGCACGCUUCCAACCUGCCUAGACGGCGCCUACAUUCGCAACGGACCCAACCCUCAGUUCCUCCCGCGUGGUCCUUACCAUCUCUUCGAUGGCGACGGAAUGCUCCAUUGCCUGCGCAUCUCUCAGUCAGGCCAAUCCGCCACUCUCAGCAGCAGAUACGUUAACACCUACAAAUACGACAUCGAGCGCCGAGCGGGACAUCCUCUCAUCCCCAACGUCUUCUCGGGAUUCAACGGUCUCACCGCUGCGGCCACACGCGGCGCUCUCUCCGCUGCUCGAAUCUUCACCGGCCAAUUCAAUCCCGCCAAUGGAAUCGGCCUCGCCAAUACCAGUUUGGCCUUCUUCGCCGAUCGCCUCUAUGCGCUUGGCGAGUCUGACCUCCCUUAUGAGGUGAGGGUCACAACCGAAGGAGACAUCCAAACCGUUGGGCGCCGGGAUUUUGACGGUAAGCUCAACAUGAGCAUGACCGCACACCCGAAGAUUGAUCCGGACACGGGCGAGACCUUCGCCUUUCGUUACGGACCCAUUCCGCCGUUCCUAACCUACUUCCGGUUCGACCAGAGAGGCGAAAAGCAGCCGGACGUGCCCAUAUUUUCCAUGACCAGUCCGUCAUUCCUCCACGACUUUGCAAUCACCAAGAAGUACGCGAUAUUCACCGAAAUACAGCUCGGGAUGAACCCAAUGGACAUGAUUGUAGGAGGAGGAUCUCCGGUGGGUGCGAACCCGUCGAAGGUGUCGAGAGUGGGAGUGAUCCCUCGGUACGCGAAGGACGAGUCAGAGAUGAAGUGGUUCGAGGUGCCUGGCUUUAACCUCAUGCACGCCGUGAACGCGUGGGACGAAGAAGAUGCGGUGGUGAUGGUGGCGCCCAACAUACUCUCGAUAGAGCACACUUUGGAGAGACUUGAUCUGGUUCAUGCGCUCGUGGAGAAGGUGAGGAUCGACCUGAAGACCGGGGUGGUGUCGAGGCAGCCAUUGUCGGCCAUGAAUCUAGACUUCGGAGUCAUAAACCCGGCCUUCGUGGCGAAGAAGAACAAGUACGUGUACGCGGCGGUUGGUGAUCCGAUGCCCAAGAUCUCCGGAGUGGUGAAGCUGGACGUGUCGAGAGGAGAGGCCGAGGUGGGCAGGAGGAUGUAUGGGCCAGGCUGCUACGGCGGAGAGCCGUUCUUUGUGGCGAAAGAGGAUUGCUCGGCGGAAGAGGACGAGGGUUAUUUGGUGACGUACUUGCAUGAUGAGAAGUCGGGAGAGUCGAGAUUUGUUGUGAUGGAUGCCAAAUCGCCGGAGCUGGAGAUUGUGGCGUCGGUGAAGCUUCCGGCCAGAGUUCCUUAUGGUUUCCACGGAAUAUUUGUUAAGGAAAGUGACCUUCGAAAGCAUUCGUGAUUAGAUCGAUCAUCAUCUUCGUUGAUAUAUAUACUAUACAUUAAAAUUAAGAUAUUGUACAAAUAGUAUACAAACUAAUAAAAUUAUUCAAAUACUUCUUUGUUUC